AGUGAGUACAUAUGUGAUCAAAUGCUUAGACAUCACCAAGGCAUCAAUAAUGGAAGCUAGUUUCUUCCUACUUCUUCUGUUGUCUUUCUACUCUACUAUACACAAGAUUUCUACUACAACGGAUGUAAUCACUACCAAUCACUCCAUCAGAGAUGGUGAAACUGUUGUUUCAUCUGGUGGAAUAUUUGAAAUGGGAUUUUUCAGCCCCAGUGGUUCCUCAAGGCGAUAUAUUGGGAUAUGGUACAAGCAAAUUCUUCCGGUACAGACAGUUGUAUGGGUUGCCAACAGAGAAAACCACAUGAGUACAUCUUCAGUUGCUUUGAAGGUCACCAAGCCGGGAAUACUUGCCCUUCUCAAUGACAAGAAUGAAAUUAUAUGGUCCACUAACACCUCAAGAUCAAUCCAAAAUCCAGUUGCACUUCUUUUAGAUUCUGGUAAUCUUGUUGUAAAAGAUGCAAAUGAUGGCAACCCACAAAAUUUCCUCUGGCAGAGCUUCAAUUUUCCUACUGAUACGCACUUGCCUGGUAUGAAGCUUGGCAAGAAUUUUAAAACUGGCCAUGAGAGUUACCUUUCAGCAUGGAAGAACGAUAAUGAUCCAGCUCCAGGAGAAUUCACUCGUCACAUUGACCCUACUGGAUAUCCACAGGCCCUCACCAAGCGUGGCACAAGAGUAUCAGUCCGUGCAGGACCAUGGAAUGGUUUUCGAUGGAGUGGGAUACCUAAACAACUACUAACACAAAGCAACAUUUAUACAUUUCAAUUUAUUUUCAAUGAGGAGGAGGUUUACUAUAUUUUUUCUAUCAUUAACAGUUCGGUUUUAUCACGACUAGUCGUGACUAGCAAUGGUUAUAUACAACGAUUAACAUGGGUGGAUCGUACAAAGAGUUGGCAUAUGCACUACAAUUUACCUUCGGAUAACUGUGACACAUAUAGCUUAUGCGGUGCCUACGGGAGCUGUGACAUAGAAAAUUCUCCUAUUUGUGGAUGUUUGGAAAAGUUUGUAGCUAAAUAUCCACAACAAUGGGAAAAGGGAGAUUGGACAGAAGGGUGUGUUCGGAGGACACCCUUAGAUUGCAAAAAGGAACAUGUAUUUCUAAAAUAUUCUGGAAUCAAGUUGCCGGAUACUAAGCACUCUCAGUACGAUAAAACCAUGACACUCGAAGGGUGUAAGCAAGUAUGCUCCAGGAACUGCUCUUGCACAGCUUAUUCAAGUCUAGAUAUAAGCAAUGGAGAGAAAGGUUGCUUAUUUUGGUUCGGGGAGUUGAUUGACAUCAAAAAGCUGGCUGAAAGAGGGCAAGACAUUUACAUCAGGAUGGAUUCUUCAGAGCAAGGCCUGAUUCUGUUCUUGUACAGACGGAAAAAGAAGAAGAAACUGAAACACAAAGAAGAUUUUGAGCUGCCACUGUUCCAACUAUCGACAAUAACAAAAGCCACAAAUAACUUUUCAGUAAACAACAAGAUUGGAGAGGGUGGAUUUGGACCUGUAUACAAGGGGGUGCUGGAAGAAGGACAAGAAAUUGCUGUGAAGAGACUAUCAAGGUCUUCCAUGCAAGGACUUGAUGAAUUGAAGAACGAAGUUAUCUACAUUGCCAAGCUUCAGCAUCGGAAUCUUGUGAGACUUUUGGGUUGCUGCAUUCAAGAGGAAGAAAAGAUGUUGAUCUAUGAAUACAUGCCUAACAAAAGCCUGAAUUCAUACAUAUUUGAUCAAAUGAAGAACAAAUUACUUGAUUGGCCAAAGCGUUUCCACAUCAUAAACGGAAUUGCUCGUGGCUUAUUGUAUCUCCAUCAAGAUUCUCGACUACGGAUUAUCCAUAGAGACCUUAAAGCAAGCAAUGUUUUGCUAGAUACAGAAAUGAAUCCAAAGAUAUCAGAUUUUGGCAUUGCCAGAAGUGUUGCAGGAAAUGAGAUGGGAGCAAAAACAUGCCAUGUGGUUGGGACAUAUGGCUACAUGUCCCCUGAAUAUGCACUAGAUGGGAUCUUCUCGGUAAAAUCAGAUGUCUUUAGCUUUGGCGUCUUGGUGUUAGAGAUUGUGAGUUGCAAGAGAAAUAGAGGAUUUGUCCAUCAAGAUCACAACCUUAACCUUCUCGGUCAUGCAUGGAAGCUUUACAAAGAUGGUAGGUCCUUGGAACUAAUUGAUGAGCAGCUAGCCGAUUCUUGUGAUAUUUCUCAAGUUUUAAGGUCAAUCCAAGUGGGUUUAUUAUGUGUGCAACAACGUCCAGAUGAUAGACCAAGCAUGUCUUCUGUGGUUCUGAUGUUGGCUAAUGAGAGCCUACUGCCAAAAGCUAAAGAACCAGGGUUUUUCACAGAACGAAACGUAUUUGAUGAAGCAAAAUCAGAACUGCAGACAGCCAGUUCAAAAAAUGAAGUCACAAUCACAUCUUUAGAUCCUCGAUAGAGUUUGACAGGAUAACUAUUUUGACUUGUGUGUACAUGAAUAGGAAAAAUAUAUUAAAACUUUGAUUGUUGGGAAAUACAAUAUAUUUUGAACUAAAACAUCAUGUUGAAUUUUUCUACUUGAAGAUGUUAUCUACU